AUAUAACGAUAGCUAUGUGUUUAUCACUGUCUAUGCGUGCACAUAGAAUACAAAUACAUAUCUAUCGUGAUCUCUUUAAGUUCAAUAAGGAUCCCACCAAUUUCAAAAAUGUUGGACCAUUGUCUAUUUAUUGCAAUGAAUCAUUCAUUUUCUCGUCAGACGAAUCAUUCGAUCAGUUAUACUACGUUCAAAAGAAACGAGACUUACGGAGGAGACAGCGGUUUUAACGAAUUAAGCGACGAAUCGAAAUCGGCUUCUGUUUCCCCGGAAAAUACGAAUUUAAUGCCAAUUCCAUCGAGGAUCGACUCCACCAGUGACGACACCGGUUGUCCGAUCGACACUACUGACGAGAAGGAUGAGGUGUCGUCCACGGUUUCGAAUCUGUCCGACCUGUCGGGCUUUUCCGACUUUUCUGGCGAAGGCGGGGACAUCGGUCAUCAGUGGAGGAACGCUUCAUCCUGGGUUCAGAAACAAAUGUUGACCGGUGCCGAUCCUAGAGAUCUUCUGCAUCACCUUCUCAUGGAUUCUACUCAGAUCCCGGAACAAGUCGACGAUCUGACUCUUUGGAAGAUCAUAAUAAACAUGAUGUCGGAACCACCGCGACGUCAGAAACUGAGACACGUAAACACCUUGACCGACGUCGUCAGAUUGAUACGGAACAGUAACAGAAUCAUCGUUUUGACGGGAGCAGGUGUGAGCGUCAGUUGCGGAAUUCCUGAUUUUCGAAGUAGAGACGGUAUUUAUUCUAGAUUGGCUCAAGAUUUUCCGGACUUACCAGAUCCACAGGCGAUGUUCGACAUCAAUUACUUCGGUCAGGAUCCAAGACCAUUCUUCAAGUUCGCGCGAGAAAUUUAUCCCGGACAAUUCAAGCCCAGCCCUUGUCACAGGUUCAUCAAAAUGCUGGACAAGCAGAAGAAGCUGCUCAGGAAUUAUUCGCAGAACAUCGACACGCUGGAACAAGUGGCGGGCAUUGAGAACGUGAUCGAAUGCCACGGUUCGUUCGCAACCGCGUCGUGUACCAGAUGUAAAUACCAAGUGAAAGCUGACGAUAUCAGGGAGGAUAUAUUCGCCCAGAGGAUACCUUCGUGUCCCAAGUGUCGAAUCAACGUUCUUCCUCCUGCAUCGGGGAUCGAUCUCAACGACAGUUACAAAGAGCUGGUGACACAAGGGAUAAUGAAACCAGACAUCGUUUUCUUCGGCGAAGGAUUGCCAGAUGCCUUUCACGACGCGAUGGCCAAAGACAAAGACGAGUGCGACCUCUUGAUCGUGAUCGGGUCGUCGUUAAAGGUUCGACCGGUGGCACUGAUACCUUCCUCCAUUCCGUCUCACGUUCCACAGAUCCUGAUCAAUCGCGAGUCGUUGCCGCAUCUCAAGUUCGACGUCGAGCUGUUAGGGGACGGUGACGUUAUCAUAAAUCAGCUCUGCCACUUAAUGGAGGACAGCUACAAGGAAGUGUGUUGGAACGAUGCGAUCCUCAAAGAAGCGACGCAGUUGUUACCGGUGCGUUGCUUGACGGACGAUACUUGGGAACAGAGUCAGGACGGAACAUCGUGGAACAAGAACGUGAUGGAGACUGAUGGUAAACCGUGCUCGCCGAACGAUCCGUGUUCCGCCGAGAGUCGAAGUCGCAAGGCUCGCGAUAACGUGGACGGUAACGCGUUCGAACGACGCCUGGAGGAGAGCGUGCGUUUGUCUUCCUUUGGUAACGGAAUCUGCGCGAGUAGUAACGCGGAAAAGUUGCACAUUUCGGGAGAGAGUCCGAAGAGAAGGCUGGGCAAGUCGAGCGCGGAAAGCAGCCCGAAGAGAAUGAAUUUCGGGAACAGUAACUACACACUGAAUUUUAGUCUGUACUCUCCGAAAACGGAACCUGUCCCGGAAACGAGACACCAGUCCGCGAACGACGGCAAAGUCCGUACGACGGAGUCUACGUCGAAAGAUACUGGAAGAAUUUAUUGCUUAGAGGAGUGUCAUACGUUUCCAAGAUCGAUCGAAAUAACUUCGGCGAACACGUUGCCUCACGCCGACUUAAAACCGGAUCGUUCGAACGCAGAAGACACGUAUAGAACAGCGGCGGCGACGUCGUCGUCCUUGAACGAAGACGGAUCAGGAAAUUCCAUCGAGAUCGAAGUGGAGAAAACGAAUUUCAAGCCGAGACAAGCAUCCGUCGACUCCGCUUUGGACUCCGGGAUAGGGGACAGCUGUAACAGCGUAGACAGUCGGGACGGCAAAUCUAGCAAAGAAGAGUUGACGAGUACGAGACUGAAUCGACACUGUUGGCAAUCAAAAAUACGUAAGAGUCUCGCUGCGAGAUUACCAGAAAAUACUUAUUAUCAACUGUCGCCUGGCAAGUACAUAUUUCCCGGUGCCGAAGUUUAUUCGGAUUCCGAGGAAUAUGAUCAUUGCUCGUUCUCGAUAAAUUCUGAAAGUUCGGACAGCGACAGCGACUCGUCGUCCGUGGAAGAGGAAGACGAAGAAGACGAAGAGGAGGAUGAAGAAGAAGAUGAAGACGAUGAAGAGGAAGAUGAGGAAGACGAGGAAGAGUCGCCGGUAGCGACGCAGAAAGGUGAGGAUAAAGAGGAAGCGAUGGAGGAAGAGCACGAGGAGAAGAAGGCUGAACUCAAAGGAGUUGAGAGAUGCGAGGAAAGGCGCGUGUCAGAUGAAAUGAGAGAAGAGUCGUGGACGGUGGCUAGUGAAAAGAAGCUGGAGACGGAACGAAGACAAACGUUACGAUCACGAGGGAAGGAGGGAGGAGUCGAGUUCGAAUUGGCGAGAGAAUUCGAUACGGGGAAAGACGAACGAGAGCAAUGAGACUUCCGUGCGGGACGAGGAAGUUUUACAAACGUUUUCACGUUUUCGCCGGAUGAACUGUGCGUACGCGGAUCGGAAACGUAGGAGCUUAAAAGUAAGUUGCAUUUAAUUACGAUGGAACGGCUUACAGUGCAAUUGUCACCGUUAGGUAUGGUCGCGUGCGUGGUAUUCGUGAUUACCUUUUGACAAUGAGUGAAACAGUUUACGAGUCGUGAGAUCAAACGCGAAACACGUUGGAACUUUGCUACGAUUCUACGUUUUCUACCCUGUAUGUUUGAGAAUCGUAGCGAUCGUUCCAGUUUUCGUCUCGGUCAAAUCGUAAAUCUUUCCUCGAGACGAGCGAGUUCGGUUUAACGCGUUUAACGAGCCUCGCGAUUAUCGAAAUUUUACGAACGGGCGAGAUGCCACGCGAGCGCUCGUCAUCGUUUGAACGGCACGAUCGUGGCACGAUCAGGAAAGUGAGACCAUCCAUGAUGCAGCCGCGAUAAUCAUCUGUAAAUAACCUCUCAACGUGUAUAUUUAACGUUCCGCCUUUCUUUUCUCAACUUGUAUAUUUAACGUUCUCUAUCUCCCAUUCAUUCCGUUUUUCACUCUUCCCCCUUCUUCUUUUCCGUCUACAGUUACUCAGAUUCGAUCAUGCGAUUCGUAAGCGUUCCCGAGUUUCGAGGCAACGACUAGACGAUAAAUAUUAAACAUGUGCAAUCGUAGAAUGACGAAAGAAAUAAGUUAUAGUUUAUCAGGGUACGCGUGUAUUCUCGAGAGAAACGAGGAAUACUCUAUGUACGCGGGGUAAAUAAGAGUAAUAUAUAUAUAUAUAUAUAUAUGCUUGGCGCGGACGUGAGACAGAGAUGUCCGGUUCGGUACGAAUUCGUGACGAACGAAUCCUCUCUGAUUUAGAAUAUUUUACAGAUACGUGUUUGUACAUAUUUGUGCACGUGCUACUCGCGCGUGUAGACUACGAGUUUUUGUAUAAAGUAUUUAAAGAAUUCGUCUGAACGGGGGAGGUGGUAUACAUAUAUGCGUGUGUAGCAGGAGACGGCGAACCGUUCCUCUAGCGAGAAACGAAACGCGUGAGAAAGACGAUUCCGACUACUACGUAUAUCGGUAUUUAGCGCAUAUUUGUUUUGGAAUAGUUCGAGCAAGAAGUACCUUCGCUUAAACGUUAUUUAACUCGUACACGGCGUCUAUUAGUGCGACGUGACGUUGCCAUUAGUCUUCUCGCUGUUGAAUAACCGCUAUGGAAUUACCGUGUAUCAGUAGUGAUUAUUUAUAUUUUGUAAAUUAUUGUGCGAGUCAGAUAAAGAUUAUGUAAAAGUGUCCGUCGUCGUGUCUUUGGUGGACGAACAGCCCUCUGUUCUCCUCUACGCAAGUGAUCAUAUUCAACGUUUACGGAUAGUGCGAACGGUGGGCAGACAUAAGUAUUAGUCAUAUACUUAGCGAGGCACGCGAGGAACGAGUGAAUACUGAGUACAUACGUUCGCGUGCGCUUGUACGUUUUCUGUAUAGUAUAACGAUAGAAUAUUUUUUAAACGAAUACACUAUUAUAGAAAGGUGCUCCUUGUAACGUGAUCAUUGUGCGAGGGAGAGAAGACGAGAGUGGGAAGACAGAGAGCGGUGGCGAAAACACCCAUGGCAACCGUAGACGUAGUUUACAGUUUUAAGUUUGAUCGAUUUCCGACUGCAGGAUUCAAUUCUCGAGACCGAGUUCUGUCUUUAGAUUCGCUAGGCUAGAGCUUGAUUUCUGUUCAUUGGAGCACGGGUGAAUGUACAAAGCAACGUUUCGGGUAGCUUGUAUGAUAUUUUUCUAUCGAGGGGACAAGGUAGAAACGGGAUGUAAAAGUAGAAUGGACAGGAGAGAGAGAGAGAGAGAGAGAUAGAGAGAGAGAGAGAGAAGAACAGAACGCGAUCGCAGGGGACAGACAUUGCGACGAUUUUCGAGAAGCCGUGUGUCGAUCGUUGUGUCACGUGUCCCUCUGUGUGAGCAAGCGAGUACUUAAGGACCGAUAUUCUCCUCGUGUGCAUUUCGAUUGUGUGAAUCUACUACCGGUAACAUAAAUUAUUCGAGAUACGUUGAACAUACUUCCAACGCGUUGUACAAAGAUUUAUUUUUCAUUAGUGAAACAUAGGCGAAAGAUGUUCCAGGGAAACUAUUCGAAGGUACGAUAGCUUCGUCCUUGAUUCUCGUUGAGCACAAAAGAGACACCAAGAUUCAAGAGUUCGUCUUCAAUUAUUUCACGAUUCAUCAUGGUAAAUGAAUUUGCAUAACGAUAAGCUAAAAUAUAAGAGAAUAGAUGUACGCGCGCGUAGCAAAUGAUAGGUAACAGUUUUAAACGGGGAGGGUGCAUCGGAAUUGCGAGCAGACGAACGGACAGUCGCGAAACGGAAACGUACAGAUAAAUUUAAAAAGCAUGUAUGCUAUUUGUAUGUAGACGUGUACGCGCUUCGUAUUCGAAAGAAAAAUGUUGAACGAAUCGUGUGUUGUAUUAAAUGUGCAUAGAAAGUCGAUUCGAAUGGGCGCUAUAAACGUUUCCCGUAAGUUUCGAACUCGAUGUCUCUCUCUCUCUCUCUCCUCCCCCUUUUUAUCUCUACAAUGCCGUACGGACGUACUCUUCUUGGUUUUCGUUUCGUCUCUUACUCGUUCAUUCUAGAUUCUAGCAUAAUAAUCCACGUUUAAGCAUUUAUUUAUGUUAGGUUCUAGCUACUUGAAAAACGAAGUUAAGCAACGGGGGACGAAAGCGAUGUGUAGAUCCAUACCGCGUCGGACGAAGUAAAAAUUAUCGCAUUUAUCGUCGAUCGAUUCCGAUUCAGAAAACGUUUGACAAUCACGAUUACUUUUUCUUUUCUAUAUAUACUGACUUUUUGUAUGAAUACGACGUUUGUAAAUAUUUAUUAUUAUUUGUAGAUGAGAAUCAUGGGUAUCGAUCGUGUCGGCUGAACUAUGAAUUCGAAGACAAAUCGCUUGGUUGCUCGCUUGCUUCCCUUUCCUUUUCCUCGUCGAAUAUCUAUCUAUACGUUUAAUCGCCGAUCAUAACGACGGAUUUCUUCCAGAAUGUCAACGUUAACGAUCGCGUUAGAAUAAUUCUCGAUGAUGAUGCGUUGAUUCAUCGAUCGUCGGCCAGCGCGUAUUACAUAUACACAUAUUUACAGUCGCAUCUGUUUCGUUUGGAAUAAUCUUCGCUCACUUCACCGUUUAGUCGACACGAGAUUACGCGAGAGGCACACGCAUUCGUUUCUUUUUACAAUUUGUUAUUUACGUAAUACAGAGCGAAUGACCAUAGGAAUGUCCUUUAUAUGUAUGUAUGAUGUGUGUACGUAUGUAUAUUGAAAACGUUGCAAGUUUUGCGUUUCUUUGGUAUUAUUAAAGUGUAAGUUUGUUUCCUUUAAAUUAAACACUUUUCUAUGGUAAUAAAAUGACCGUGAGACUA